UAGCCAUGCCGACCCCAAACAUCUCUGGAUCUGCAGGGAAGAGCUUUCGGAGGGCUGUGUCUGAACUGGACCCUAAACAGGCUGAAGCCAUUCUGUCUCCCCGGUUCCUGGGCCGGAGGCAAAGUCUGAUAGAAGAUGCUCGCAAGGAGCGGGAAGUGGCGGCAGCAGCUGCUGAGGUCGCAGAAUGUGCCGAAUCAAUGGUGUUUGAGGAAAAGGACGGCAAAGCCAUCAUCAGUCUGCUCUUCUCCCUCAAGGGCAGCAAACCUUCCUCUUUAUCCCGCACGCUUAAAGUGUUUGAGACAUUUGAAGCCAAAAUCCAGCACCUGGAGACAAGACCCGGGAGAAGGUCUGUGGGGACAGCCGGGGAGCUGGAAUACUUUGUGCGCUGCGAGGUGCAUCAUUCCGACCUGAGCACCCUAAUGAGCUCUGUCAGGAGAGUGUGUGAGGAUGUGAGGAGCACUCGGGAGGACAAAGUUCACUGGUUUCCAACUAAAAUCGCUGACUUGGACAAAUGUCACCACUUAGUCACAAAAUUCGAUCCGGACCUGGAUUUAGAGCACCCGGGCUUUUCAGACCAAGAAUAUCGAAAGAGGAGGAAGAUGAUAGCAGACAUAGCAUUCAACUACAGACAUGGUGACCCCAUCCCGCGAGUGGAAUACCUGCCUGAAGAGAUUGCAACAUGGAAGGAGGUGUAUUCUACCCUCAGGAGCCUGUACCCAACCCACGCUUGUAAGGAACACCUGGAGGCCUUCCAGCUGCUGGAGGCACAUUGUGGUUACAGUGAGGACAAUAUCCCACAGCUUCAGGAUGUAUCCAGCUUCCUAAAAGAAAAGAGUGGGUUCACGUUGCGACCUGUAGCCGGACUUCUAUCUGCCCGGGAUUUCCUUGCUAGUUUGGCGUUCCGGGUUUUCCAGUGCACCCAGUACAUCCGACAUGCAUCCUCCCCAAUGCAUUCCCCGGAGCCGGAUUGCUGCCAUGAGUUACUUGGACACGUGCCUAUCCUGGCAGAUAGAACCUUUGCACAGUUUUCUCAGGAUAUUGGCUUGGCAUCUUUGGGGGCCACAGAUGAAGAAAUUGAGAAGUUGGCAACGCUUUACUGGUUCACGGUAGAGUUCGGUCUGUGCAAGCAGGAGGGGGAAAUAAAAGCCUACGGCGCUGGCCUGCUCUCAUCAUUUGGGGAAUUGCUGCACGCAUUGUCAGAUGAGCCAGAGGUACGUCCCUUCAACCCGGAUGAUGCAGCCGUGCAGCCAUACCAGGACCAAAAUUACCAAUCUGUAUAUUUUAUAUCGGAGAGUUUCCCUGAUGCCAAAGAAAAGCUAAGGGUUUACGCUUCCCAUAUAAAGCGUCCGUUUGCGGUCCGUUUUGAUCCGUACACUGACAGCAUUGAAGUUCUGAACUCAGCGGGACGGAUUCAGAGUUCUCUGGACGGGCUAAGAGAUGAGCUACAGACCCUUUCAAAUGCACUCAGUACACUGUCGUAACUCUCAACUCUCUGUCACCAACACAAAAUUCACCCUUAUGACUCCAUCGCUUGCUCAGCGCUCCCCAUAUUCUGUGCUACUUUAUAGCGUGAUGUAAAACAAAUUCAUCCGCCUCUUGCAACCCAUGUCACCAAUUUAUUCAGUAUCAUUUCAUGUUGAAUGUUCUGAUACUGUGUAACCUCUGGAACAACUAGAUUUUCAUUGUGUAACAGACUCAUCAAAAGAGUCAGGGUGUGAGGCCUGGAGCAGUGAAGCAUUUU